AUGACCAUCCCAGUACCUACUGAGUCUGACCUUCUUGUGACAACGAGCGCUCCCAUUCCGCCGUCUCAUUUUUACGGCGAAUCUGGCAGUGUUCGACGUUCCUCACGACCGAAAACUUCCUUGUUCAGCAGCGUAACAAAGAUGCCACGGAAGCGCUCAGCUUCGACAAACCUGGGGACAGAUACCUCGAUGAAGAUUCUGAAGAAGCAGAAGUUGGAAGAGAAGAAAGCGAAUACUGUCUUAGUUCACGAAAAACGGGUGGCUCGAGAUAUUGCUAUGGGUAAUUGGCUUCGCGCUAAUCGUGACUAUUUUGAGCCACUACUGCCAUCCAUCACGACAUUUGAACACUAUCUCGGGCCGGGAACGUCAGGAGCCCCAGUCAAGUUUCAUUCGCUUCAAGUGCAGCCUAAUGAUAUAAAAGGAGGCGAAAUGAAAGAUUACCAACUCCAUGGCCUGUCUUUUCUUGUAUGGAUGUACAAAAAUGGCAUGAACUGUAUUUUGGGAGACGAGAUGGGGUUAGGAAAGACGCUGCAGACCCUCUCUCUAUUCGCUUACAUCAAGGAGAACUCCUCAAGUCACGAUGAUCCGCACCUCGUUAUAUGCCCAUUGUCCGUUCUGUCCUCCUGGGAAGCAGAAGCAGCCAGAUGGCUCCCUUCAAUGCGGACGGUCCGCUUUCAUGGACCUAGUGCCCAGCGAACCAUGAUAAAGAAGACAUUCCUAGAGAACUCCUUUGAUAUAGUUUUGACCACCUACGAUGCGUUUUCUGCCGAAGUAUCGUGGUUUAAAUCUCGUCGCUGGACCUACUGCGUACUCGAUGAAGGACACAAGAUCAAAAACUCGGGGACGCAGGUGGCGCAAAACUUACAGUCGAUUGGCAGCCUCUACCGGCUAGUCUUGACCGGUACUCCAGUUCAGAAUAACCUCGUCGAGGUUUGGGGACUUCUUCAUUUCCUCUAUCCUAACAUUUUUACGGCGAAGACGGAGCAAAAAUUCCUCGAAUCGUUCGAUUUAAGUAAGGGGAUCUACGACGUACCUUUUCUUGGCGCAGUCCAGAAAUUGUUGUCGGUAAUCAUGCUUAGGCGUACGAAAUCCGUCGUUUCUGUGGAUGUACCACCCAGGGAUGAAACCACGGUCUUUAUUCCUUUGACCGAGGCUCAGAGGUUUUGGCACUACAGGCUUUUGUAUCGCAUAGACAUGGUCGAUCUCGAGCAAAUAUUCGACCCGCAGCUCGAAUUGGACAACAAGACUGCAAAUGAAGGUCGCAGGGAAGUUUUAUCGCAUCUACAGAACGAUGUUAACAACGGAACAACGCAAGACAAGAAAUUGUGGCAGCGACUCAGCUUCAUCCUCAUGCAGCUACGUAUGCUAUGCGAUCAUCCCUAUCUUUUACCCGAUGCUCAGCCUGACCCAUACACAAAGGGAGAGCACAUUGUUGCGUCUUCUUCGAAAAUGAUAGCAAUAGAUAAAAUCCUCGCGGACGUUCUUCCAAAGGGAGAGAGGGUGAUUAUAUUUUCGCAAUGGACGGGAAUGCUUGAUCUCUUGGAAGACUUUAUGGUCCUUCGAAACAUACGCUUUGCCCGAUUAGACGGGUCAACAACCAGACCUCGUCGGAAUUUAGAUAUCAAAUUGUUCCAACGAGAAAAAUCGCCGUAUCAAGUGUUCCUCAUCUCGACCCAAGCCGGUGGUCUCGGCAUUAACCUUACGAAGGCUCAGAACGUCAUUAUGUGCGACAGUAGCUGGAAUCCCCAGAAUGACUUGCAAGCCAUUGCCCGAGCUCAUAGGAUCGGUCAGACGAAGACGGUGAAGGUAUAUAGACUGAUAUGCCGAGGAAGUGUCGAGGACCAAAUGCUGGACCGGUUACGGAGGAAAUUGUUCCUGUCUCUGAAAAUUAUGGAUGGCGAUUCCUCGUCAUCAGAAAACCCCUCCUUGGGAUUGACUGAAUUGAAAGAUAUUCUUCGAAAGGGCAGCAGCGCGUUGUCUUCAUCCGACGAUCACAUGAACCUGGGUCGUUUCCUUGAUGCAUCUCUGUCUGACAUCUUGGGUGCCUCGCGGGCACGAGAGGAUGCCCGUGAUGCGAAGAUGAAGCAAAAUGCCGGGAAGGAUGACUCUGCGAUUGCCAAAGACCUUGUUCUCAGUGCUGAAGAGGAAGAACGGCAGCUCUUGAGCGGUAUCGCGCAGGUGAAAUGUCGAUUAUUUGAAGGGAAUAUCGUCGAGAAGGCGAAACACGUGGAAGAUAUUGUCCCGAAGUUGAGCACCCAGAAACGCGCAAGGAAUGAUAACACGGUGACAAUAAGCGGGAUGACAUUCAUCGUAGACGGCCCUUCACCGGAAGAUAUUCAGGAGAGAGCGCAGCAGCGGCAGCGGGAUAUAAUGGAAGUCAAGAAGGCCAAAAAGAAGAAGAGACAGUGGGAGAACGAGGACUGGUGUGUACAUUGUCGUGAAGGAGGAGAGUUGGUGACCUGUGAUCAUUGCCCGAGAGUUUUUCACGCGGAAUGCUAUGGGAUAUCGCAACGUGAGGCCAACAAGAGGGCAUUCUUGGUCUGUAAACAACAUUCGUGUUGCGAGUGCUCGCGUUCGACGGCCCAAUCCGGUGGAAUGCUUUACAGGUGCCGAACGUGUCCACGCGCUUUCUGCGAAGAUUGUCUUCCUGAUGAGAUCAAUGAUGUUGGUGAUGUACUGCCGGAAUACCAACUAUUGAACUACGGCCAGACGCCUACAGCCUUUUAUAUACAGUGUCACUUUUGUGAUAUUCAAGCGAAGGAGGAUCCCACCUGGUGGUCCGAAUGGCAGGUAGAGAUUGCCAAGGCAGAAAAGGAAGUUAACAAGUCGCUAGGAAAAUGA